CCGGGAAGUUUACGUCAGUUUUGCUUUGUUUUGGUUUCCGUAUCUGGUGAAAAUGCGCAAUAAUCUCAGUUUUUACACUCUCAAGGAGAGGAUUUUCCUUGUGAAGACAUUCUACAAGAAUGAAAGUGACCUGCAGUGUGUGAAGAAUGAUUAUUUUUUGGAAUUUGGCGUGAUGGACGAUGAAAUUCCUGAUCCACUCAUUUUUGAGGUUAUCAAUCUGUUUGAGGAAACAGGAAGUGUGCGGGAAAUCCCCGAAAAGAGCAACUCAGGAAGUGAAAAUAUUACCUGCAAUACGGACAAUUUUGUGCUGCCUGAUGACAUAAAAGUUGAACCUGAUAUUAAGAAGGAAGAGCCCGAAGAGGAGUCAUUGAACUUUGACGAGCCACAGCAGUUUGUGAUGGAAAAUGAGGCUGUUUACUUCCAGGAAGUUCCAAAAUCACGGAAAAUAGUCAUAAACAAGGCAAUUACUGGGGAGAAGCAAGAAAGUUCGGCAAAGCGGAAAAGGAUACGAAAAAGGCCAGUUAAGACUGACGAGGAGUUUGAGUGUGAGAUUUGCCAGAAGAUUCUCAAGACCAAGUUUGGCCUGCAAUCUCACAUUCGCCGGCAUGCCGUGAACGAUGAGUGCAGUUGCAAAUACUGCGGUGAAAUGCUGCCAUCGAGUGGUGAGCUGAAAGUCCACACACGAGAGAGGCACCCGGAAAAGGCGGGAAAAUCCUGCAGCAUCUGCGCGAAGGUGCUGAAGACGAACAUGAACCUGAAGCGACACAUGCUGACGCACUCGGAAGAGCGCACGGCGAUCUGUGACGUGUGCGGGAAGGGAUUCAAGUCCAGGGACAGCCUGAACAUCCACAUGCGGAAGCACACGGGCGUGAAGCCUUUUAAAUGUGACUACGUCGGCUGCAAGAGGGAGUUUCACGAGGCGAACUCCUUCGCCGUGCACAGGCGAUGUCACACAGGUGAGAAGCCGUACGCUUGUGAGCACUGUGGCAAGCGCUUCUCCGACAAGGGUAGUCUCAGGGUUCACUAUCGUCAGCACACCGGCGAAAAUCCAUAUAAAUGCGAAUUAUGCGGGAAAACAACGAAGCAAAAGCAGAAUCUAAAGAGUCACAUGAAGCAUUUUCAUCACAUCAACACUUUUACUAAUAAAACAGAGUGAAUUAAACGGAGAAUCAAACAAUCGUUGAAUGAAUAAAAUAUGAAUG